CAGCGACACAUUUCAGCCGACCGACUGCUAUCGUCGACAUUUGAAGGAUCACCCAACGACACCGUCCGUCACCUUUCACGAAACCCUCCCCCCCGACAACAGGUGCAUACGGCAAAAUGUCUGACCACGGGGAAGUCGAGGUCGAGAACCCUACUGCGGCCUACACCAUGCUGCCCAAGGAUGCUCUUGCGGAGAUGGGCUCUGUGAAGCUCUUCAACAAGUGGAGCUACGAGGAUGUUGAGAUCAGGGACAUCUCCUUGACCGACUACGUCCAGAUCCGUUCUCCCGUCUACCUCCCUCACACCGCUGGCCGUUACGCCGCCAAGCGUUUCCGCAAGGCGCAGUGCCCCAUCAUCGAGCGUCUCACCAACUCGCUCAUGAUGAACGGCCGCAACAGCGGCAAGAAGCUCAUGGCCGUCCGCAUUGUUGCCCACGCUUUCGAGAUCAUCCACAUCAUGACCGACCAGAACCCCCUCCAGGUCGCCGUCGACGCCAUUGUCAACUGCGGUCCCCGUGAAGACUCCACCCGUAUCGGUUCCGCCGGUACCGUCCGUCGCCAGGCCGUUGAUGUCUCCCCUCUCCGCCGUGUCAACCAGUCCAUUGCUCUUUUGACCAUCGGUGCCCGUGAGGCUUCUUUCCGUAACAUCAAGAGCAUUGCUGAGUGCUUGGCUGAAGAGCUCAUCAACGCCGCCAAGGGAAGCUCCAACUCCUACGCCAUCAAGAAGAAGGACGAGCUCGAGCGUGUUGCCAAGAGCAACCGGUAAAGAGGUGUUGUUGGGUGUCUCCGUUUGGUCCUAUUUAUUAUGUUUACUGGAGUGGACGGGAUUUCAUUAGGAUUCAGUCGAUUGGCAUACAUCUGCGCGACUGUAAAUACCAGUUAAAAAAGCAGUCACGAGAGGGAGAGAUCCUUUUUUUAAAACAAAAAAAGAAGAAAUUCGGACGGUUUUCUUCUAGUAGUUGAGAUGCGAUCAUGAAGACGGC